GGAGGCUGUGCAAGCACAGCUGCGCUCCAGAAGGAGAAAUUAUGAUACCUAUGGGCAGAUAUCGCAGUCCUUGAUGAGAAGGGGCCAUGAACGGGACGCGUUGCAGUGCAGGGUCAAAAUAAAAGAGCUGAGGAGUGCUUACUGCAAAGCUCGUGAGGGAAAUCGCCGCUCAGGAGCUGCCCCCAUGACCUGCCGUUUUUACCAGGAGCUGGAUGCCAUACUUGGCUGUGACCCCACUGCCAAUCCUAGGAGCACGAUGGAGAGUUCAGAGCAGGGAGAAGUGGGGGAGGUUUUAGAGGACGGCGACAGUGAGGCUACUGGCGUGGAGGGAGACACCCCGGAGUCCCAGUACACAUGCAGCCAGGAGCUCUUCUCAAGCCAGGAGGAGGCUAGCCAGUCGCAGCAGCAGGAAGUUGAUGGUGAGGAAGAAAAUGAGGAUCGUGCUCGGGUGACCUUGACUAAUGCAGCCGGAUCACCGGCCUCACGUAGAUUGCAGAACUUGAGACGAAAUCCCAGAAAAUCAAAAGAGGAAUUGAUCAAAUCAGUUAUGAGUCACUACAACAGAGAAAGUAGGAAGACACAGGAAAGGAGAGAGAAGAUGUAUGAAUGGAGACAGAGUGUACAUGAAUGGAGGCAAACAGAAAGCAGGAGAAAGGAAUUGUCUGCCAAAAAAACCACAAAGCAGAUGAUAAGCCUCCUGGCUCGCCAAACUGAGUCUUUCGAGUCUCUCGUAGCCAUGCAGACAAAUAUGUACCGUUGUAACCCACAGCCCUCCCAAAGCCCUCUUUCUUGUUCCCCAGUAUUUCCACAAAACAACUUUCUCCAGCAGCCAGGUUCUUAUUACCUCCAGCUGCCCCCAACACCUGUACGAUCACCUACCAGCCCUGAGAACUAUAAUUCUUACCCUGUUCACUCCACCCCCAUUACCCUGCAGCAUAGUAAUCCUGAAGAGCAGCAGACAUUGAAUAGUGAUCAAAAUAGGACAUAUUCAAACCUGUGAAUGUACAGUCCACCACCCCAACCCUCUUGCCUUUUAUGUACUGUAUGUUGAAUAAAGGAUUUUUUUUCUUUUUCA